UCCACCAGCCGCCCCCGCCACCUCAGGUCCUCCCCUCCACCCGCCGGCGCCUCCUCCCCUCCCGCCGCCGGCGCCUACUCCCCUCUCCUUCGACGCGGCCGGACGUGUCCGAUCCGCGUCGACACGCCGAAAAAAAUUUGGACACGCGCGUCGCGGUAACACAGGGAUGGAGACCUGGACACAGUCGUUCGCAGUUUCACACAAGGUCAGGUUGGUUCACAUCCUCAAGAAUCUCCACACCUCGGAGGUGAAAAUCUACUCGGAUGCUUCGAGGGAGUUCAUAGAGUUGUUGGAUGGUGAGUCCGGUGGGGAGGUGCUACAGGAGUACGUGCAGCAGUCUCCGCGGCUCGUGGAGCUGGUCGAGGCGUGGCGGCUGCACCGGGAGAAGCCAGGGAUGGCGUACAUACUUUCGCUUUUUGCGACUCUACUGGGCCAACCCAGCGGUAAGUCGCGGCGGCAUGGUUCGGUUAAGAAGAGCUUAGACGGGGUUGCAAGGAUGAUACUAGAGGAUACGGAGAAGAUGGGGAAUGUGUAUCUGGAGCUGAACAGUGGUGAGUUCCGGCGACAGAAUGCUGCGCUGGAUUUGCUGGCUGCAAUAGUCAGGCGUGGCGGGGGUUUGGCGUCAGAGGUCGCUGAGAGAUUUGAUUUUAAGAUGGCUAUUUUGCCUCAGCUCGCAGGGACAUUGAAGAAGAAAGGGGGCGGUAGGGAUGGGAGGAAUCGGCGGAAGGUUGCUGAGUCUGGGUCCACAAGACGAUCGUUUAUUGGGUUUGCAAUGUCAUUCUUAGAGGUUGGAAACCCAAGGCUGCUAAGAUGGGUCCUUCAACAGAAGGAGUUAUACUCAGGGGUGCUACGUGGGAUUGGAAAUGAUGACGCUGAGACCGUUAUGUACGUCCUCUCAACUCUGCGAGAUAAUGUUCUGGUAGAGGAGUCACUUGUCCCACCAGGGCUCAGGAGCGUCCUUUUUGGAAGUGCCACAUUGGAGCAGCUGAGCUUGAUCUCAGGGAAUUUGGAUGCAGGGGAGGCAGCAGACAUUGCUCAUGAGGUGUUGGUCAUGGUGUGCACUGAUCCGAAAAAUGGAUUGAUGCCAAGCUCAAACUUAAGAGGUAAUGAAAAACGCUUGCUGGAUCUCAUGAAGAAGUUGAAAGCUACUGAGGUUGCUCACCACAAAAGUUUGUUGCUAGCCAUUGUGAGUAAGAGGCUGUCUCUUUGUUCGGCAUACAUGAAUGAAUUCCCUUACAAUAUUGAACCGCGGUCAUCUCCCUCAUGGUUUGCGGCCAUCUCCCUUGCAGCGGACAUGAUAUCUUCAGCAAAAUGUGAUAGCAUCAUUCAUACUCUUUCAUCCAAUUCGCAUGGUCUGGUAUCUGUAGAUGAUGAAGAAGUUCAGGUAGUCUUGAAGUGCAUCAUACCCCAUGUAUGCUCUCGAGCAGUGAUAAAUAGGGGAUUGCUGCAUUCUGAUGAUCUUGUGAAGCAUGGUUCACUGAGGCUUGUUUUUGAGUCAGUUAAUCUGUUGUGCUAUGUUAUCGAAGUGAUCAAUGACAUGGCUUCAAGCGCAAGAGUGAAGUCAGAAUUCAAUGGCUCAGCGAAUGUAACCAUCAAAAUAGAUGGUUUUCCAGUUUUAAGCUAUUCGGAUGCAACAGAUGCGUCCUUAGUUGAUGAGGUUUACCAGGGAGAUGAAAUACAUGUCAAGAGGUGGAUAUCUCUGAGAGAAUACAUUCAAGAUGAAGUUCACGGAGCUAUGCCUGAUCCUCAAGUCCUUCUCAAGUUACUCUCUUCUGCCAGUCAGAAACAUCAAAACUACUCUCAGUGUAUACGAAAGAAAAGCACAGACCUUUCUGAGCCUCCUCAAAAGAAACGAAGAUGUGAUGCUUCCAGUGAGGUUGAUGAUAUUAUUAUUGGUGGGAUUGAUGUUGAGCAGGAUAACAACACAUCUGAAGAACAAGACCUGGACUUGGAAAACGAUCAUGCAACCACUCUGUGUGAGAUAUGGGGCUUAGAUAAGCAAGAUCCGAGGAUGAAAGAUGCAAAAGUAGUAGAAGAUGUCUUCCACUCAAAGUUGCUUGAUGUUCUCAGGCUUUAUUUGAGGGUGAUGCCCAGCUCUUUUGAUGGAUCAUUUGACUUCUUUAGGGUUAUACCACCCAAUCCAUUGGAUCUUUCCAAGGAUGAGCAAGAGUCCCUGUUAUCUCUUUUACUCGAGUAUUCAGGCCAAUCUGGAGGAUGUUGGGACCCAGAAAGAGUUCCAGAAUCAAUGUACAAGCAUCUGCAACCAUUGAUUUACAUCAUGUUGCAUUCACAGAUUAAGAGCAUCCGUGAUCAAGCAUACAUUUUAGUUAAAGCUGCUAUGGCGAGUUCUGGGGUGUUUGAUAAAAACUUUGCUGAGAUUGAUGCAUGGUUGGUUUUCUUGCCUGGUUACGAGGCCAAAUGGUGUGUAAGAGAGAACCUAGGAGUUGGAGCAUCUAAUAAAUUGUCACACAUUGUGAUCCCUUUCCUCUGUGAUGCUAUUUCAGUAGUUGGUAACAACUUGUACAAAUACCAAGAGCACACAUGCAAGCUGAUCUCUAAAUCAGGCCAGUUUGAAGGCUGUUCUUCAGGUUUCAGCCCUUUGAUUGUUUGUGUACUUCAGAAAUGUCUUAGGAUACUAGACUCAGAGUCUGGUAGUAUGAAAUUACACGAGAAGUCCACAAUUUCAUUAUAUGUGUGCAACACGAUCCACCUUAUUCUGCAAUCUCAGGUAGAUGUGCAAUUAUUGCCUGAUCUUGUAAGUGCUGUUCUAAACGAGAGAUUUAAUAAAUUUUCAUCUGAAGAAAUGAACUCUAGGAUUUAUCUUUCUGAAUGGAGGCCAUUGAUAAAUAUGCUGCAUUUCUUGAGUAGAAUUUCCGACCGACAAAAUUAUAGUAUGUUCACCAUGCUGGAACAUUCUUCUGAGUUUGAUGCAAACUCGUUGUACUCUGUAACUAGAAAGGUUGAAGAAAUGCUAAGCACACACCAAACUAAUUCGCCGGAUGAUGUGUCAACUGCAUUCUUAUUUUCAAUCAUAUGUGCACCUCCAAAAGAUAUUAUCGGCGGCUUUCCAGAUCUUCUUGAUGUUAUGAAAACACAUUUUCCAUCUCAUCUGGCUUUCUUGUCAUCAGUUCUUUUUCUGCAACAUGAUUAUCUAGCUAAAGUUGCUAGUUGUUGGCCAAAUAUGUUCUGCAACAUCACAUUGAUCAAGGAUGAUAUCAAUGUUGAUCAUGUAAACACUGUUCAGGACAAAUGUCAAAACCACUCUGUUUCUACAGAAUCAGCUUCGAUAAGUACAUUUUUACGUGUCAGUCCCUUCUAUGCGCUUUUACCUUCAGUAUUGAGCCUAGCAUUUUCUGCACCAGAUGAAAUCAGGGAAGCACAUAACAACACACUUCUAAGACUUCUUCAACUUAAGCUGUCUGAAUGUACAUUCAGUGAGUUGACAUUGUAUCUGAGAGUUAUCUUAUUUUGGAGCCAUCACCUAUUGUCAUCAUACACUAUUAAGUGUUCGAAUAUCCUUGAACAACUAUGCCAUUUGUGCUUUGCUCUUGUUGAUAGUGUAUUUGAGCGUAUUCAAGUUUUGACUGCUGACACAGCAGAGUCAAAAUCUGCAGGCCCGUCCUAUCCAGUUCAACUUAUCCAAGACAUUGUUGAUUCUGUUCUUCAGCAUCCUAUUAUUGCCCUGUCUUUGUCAUGCUCUCUAUCCAAUAGCCAGGAGUUAGCAGAUGAGAGUUCGGAACAUCUGGAAGAAGUUUUGACUGUUUUUUCAAAGGAAAAUCUGCACCUUGUAGAUCGUUUUGUUUUAAAUGUUUUGAGUAAACUGUAUGACCUAUUACUAAAGGUUGGUAGCUUUGAAGCUAACUACUCUAGAAAUGAUGGCCCAUCCCUUGAGUCACUGUUUGCCGCUCCAAAGCUCCUGCUGGGGAGCAUACUAUUGUUGUUCAAGGAGAAGUUUGAACUCUGCAUAGUCAAAGAGAACUUUGGACUGCUUUUGCCAAAUUUCUACAUGGUUCGUACACUGUCAAAAUUCUUGUCUCCUGGCAAACUUCUGGAACUUGCAAAUUGGAUGUUCACAAAAUUGGACAGUUGCAGCUCCAGUGGUUCACCUGCUUUUGUUCCCGCUGUUUUGGUUUGUCUAUAUAUUGCUGAUGUUGCCAUGGAAAUGUACUGUUAUCUACAGAACACUGAUCACAGGUCAGAAUCCUGUCUAUUAUGGGACUUGGAGAUUCAUAAUUCUGAUAUUACUGCCAUUAAGCAAGCUUAUCACAUCAUUCUUCAUUUUGCUACUAAGUUGAAUCUUGAAUUUGCUGAUCACUGCCUGCUAAAGAUGCUGAGUCGUAUCCAUCACACUGAAAGAUCUGCAGAAUGGAGCACUGACUAUAUUGUGUUCCAUAUGAUAUUAUCUACAAUGGUCAUCAACACUCCCAUUAACGUUCUUCAUCACUGCAUCUUUCCCACAUCUAAGGUUAAAGCAAAAGCCGCACUGUUGCUUUUGGAAGCAUGUCCUAUGCAUAUGAGCCUUUUUGGCCAGAUGUUCGUGGAAGUUUUGGAAAAAGACACUUCUGUUCUGCAAGUCAAGAAAUCUGAUUGUAAUGCUUCAUGGGCUCAAGAAGAUGGUGCCAUACUUCUGUUGCCUGCUGCUCUAUCAUACUUGAAGUGUCACAGUGAUGGCAAUAGGCAGUGUGCUGAAUUCCUUGAGCCAGUUCCAAUCUUUUAUUGUGGACUCCUAUUGGGUGAUAAAGGGUUUUCAAGCUGGAAAAACUUUGCUACUAGGAGCAUUUUUGAAGAAGAUUUUAGCGACUUUACACCCACAUCAGUUAAAGAUAUAAUGAUUUAUUUCAGUGACACUCUCUUGGGGAAGUCAGUUACGAUGUUGCACUACUACUUUGCUUCAAAAGACAUGUCGCGGAAGCAGCGCUUGGAGAUAAUUGGUUCAAUUUUCCCAGAGUCAUCUGAGCUAUUAGAUUCUGAUGUCAAUGAUGUCAGUCCAACUUCAUGCAAUGGCAUUAUGAAGCUUACUAAUGAAUUGUUUGCGAAGAUAUCACUAAUUAGGCUGUUGUUAUCUCCUCCUAGAAAAUCGUUGUCCAAUGAAGUAGUUUCAGAGAGAGAGUCCAAGAGAGUGAACAAGGCAAAGCUAAAUUUCAUAGGCAUAUUGGUCAGAACUAUGGGUAAAAUACUCAGUAAUUUCCCUUGGGGUGGCAAUAUUUUAUCUCACUCUGCUAAGGAACAAAAGGUCAUCUGUUUUCUGGAAUAUGUAAUUCUCAAGAAUAUCAUCGAACUGUCUUCAGAGAUUCAAACUCAUUUGAACCAGUUGAAGUCGAUACCUUUCCUUAACCAAUUUAUCAGAUCAUCUCUCUUGCAUAGAUUCAAUGAUCCUGUUACAAUUAAAGCAGUUCGAUGUAUUCUGGUUGUAUUAUCACAAGGAAAGUUCUCUGCUGAUGAAAUUCUUGAACUUAUACUGGGCCACUCCAAUUUUGUGUCAACAAUAACACGCAGUGAAGAUUCUGAAUAUCCAUUUGCUUGUAGCACUACAGGGGGGCUGCUACAGCCAGUUCCAAGUAUUUUGAAAUCAGUUGAUUCUUCUUUCGCGAAAGAAAACAAGCCAGAAGUUUCCGUUGCAGAAGAGAGAAGAAUUGAAACCAUCAGAUUACUAAGGGUUCUGUAUGAUAUUAAGAGCAGGCAACAGAAUAAUAGCCUAUUGAAUGAAUCAAGAGAAUUAGUUUUCUUGCUUUUAUCUGUUUAUGGUGCAACCCUUAGUGAAACAGAUUUGGAGAUACUUCAUCUUAUGAAUGAGAUAGAGUCAUCCGAGUGCAGAAUCAUUACUGAAGUGGAUCAUCUGUGGGGAAGUGCAGCUCUGAAAUUCAAACAAGAACUGAAACUAGAUUUUUCAAAAUCAGAUACACAUGACACGGAGAAUGCAGAAAUUACUGAAAGGCGAAGGGCGCUAUUCCGGGAGAACAUACCCAUUGAUUCCAAGCACUGUGCCAAGACAGCUUUGCAAUUUUGCUAUAAAAGAUCUUCAAGGGCUUCUGCUUUUUCAUUGGAACAGCUUCAACGCAAUAGCUCUGCUGAUAGUUUCGAGGUAACAUCUCAAAGAGUGGAUAUGGUUCAGAUUUAUGAUCCCAUGUUUAUCUUGCGCUUCUCAAUUCAUACUCUUCUCAUGGGUUACAUCGAGCCUGCUGAAUUUUCACGACUAGGACUGCUUGCAAUCACACUUGUUAGCAUAGCAUCUCCUGAUCAAGAAUUAAGGAUGUUGGGCUAUGAAUCUCUAGGAACAUUAAAAAAAUCUCUUGAGGCUUCUCAGAAAAGCAAGGAAACAUGGCAUCUUCAGCUUCUUUUGACAUAUCUUCAGAACGGGAUAUCCAAACAAUGGCAGAGGAUACCUUCCAUUAUUGCUGUUUUUGCCGCAGAAGCAUCUUUGACACUACUGGAUAGCUCACAUUCUCAAUUCACUGCUAUCAGCAAUUUUUUGAUGCAUUCCACCUCUGUCAGCCUGCAGAGCAUUCCAUUAUUUCCAACAUUAUUGCGGAGUAGUUCUGUUCAUUUCAAAGCUGAACGCUUGUGGAUGCUUCGGUUAUUAUAUGCUGGAUCAAAUCUAGCUGAUGAUGCGAAACUAUACAAGAGAGGAAACGUCUUAGAGCUUGCUCUGGCCUUUUGUUCUUCACCUGUUUCAGAGUCUGAAUCAAAGGUUUUAAUCCUUAAGGUGCUGAAGAAGUGUGUGAAGCUGCCAGUUCUAGCUCAUCAUUUAGUCAAAGAGUGUGGCCUUCUGUUGUGGUUAUCCUCUGUUAUUUCAAUCCAUCGUGAAGGACCUGAUAGUGUUGAAAACCCCUGUUCUAGAGUAACUGAGUUAGCUUUGGAGGUAGUCAAUGAUUUGAUAUCAUCAAGACUAAUCACAGAUUGGCUCCAAGAAACUGCCCUUGAGCAACUCUCGGCAAUAUCAUCGUACCUUUAUGUCCUUUUGGUUAAAGAUGCCAAAUUAUUGAAAGGAAAUGUUCCCUUGUUGACUUCAGUGCUAAGUGUGAUUACAUCAACCAUGAGGUUGUCUAUGAAAAGGAAGAUAUACCAACCGCAUUUUACCUUGUCUCUCCAUGGUGUAUUUAAUCUGUGCCAAGCUAUCGGUGGCAGCUCAAGAAGCACAGAGCUUAAGCUUGCAAUGAAACUUUGUAUUGAUGCCAUUCUUAUGAAUGGCCCAAUGCCAAUUUUGUCUGAAAUGGACAAGUCAAGAAUAUCAAUGGUUGUUUCAUGGGCAACUUCGAACAUCUUCUGGUUGCACUCUAACCAAAGAUCUGUUUUGGAAAUGUCAUGCGAAGAGCCAGUAAGAAAUGAGUCUCUACUUUCAAAGAUCGAGCCAGUAAGAAAUGAGUCUCUACUUUCAAAGAUCUUGCGCUGGUUAGUGGCUUCCGUAAUACUUGGGAGGAUAUCCAGCAUCUCUCAUGAAAAGAGCAGAGAUAUUGCACGGAGCACCAACAGUCUUGAAACGCUUCGGUCUUUCUUGAACAACGGAUAUGAAAGGGUUGAAACGGUGAACAGUUGCAGUGCAAAUGAUACACUAACUGUCAUUAUACUGUACCUUCAAGACCGUGUACAAAAUAACAGUGAUUCUUUGCCAUCAGUUGUGAUGGCUCUUUGCCUAUUGCUUCUUGACAGAUCCGGUAAUCAAGCAAUGAACAAAUACUUGGCCGAUAACCGUGGAAACAUUGAAAUGCUUUGCUCAAAGAUACACUGCCCUGCUGAAUGUAAUCCUUCAUGGAGAUGGCAUUACUAUCAACCUUGGAAGGAUCCUGCUUUGCAGCACACCGAGAUAGAGCGCACGGAAGAAGAGCAGGCCUGCCGAAGCCUCUUGGUUAUAUUCUCUAAUGCCUUAAGUUCUGACCUGUCAGAUUUCCCGGUAUUGUCACUAGAUGAUGUUGAGAAGGCUGGCCUGUUCCAGUGGGAAAGAGACUCCAUGAUUAAACAACCUUGGUUUGCUGAAGAACUAGGAUGAACCUUACACUGGUGUUACCUCACAUUUGACCUGUGUAUACAUCAUACUCGUACGAAUGUUCGUGUUUUAAAGAAUGCUUGAUCCUUAGUUGGAUCAAAUAGAGUUCCGUGCACAGAGCGUAACCGGCCUGCCGAACGACACAUUGUUCCACACUUCCACUAGUUUUGUCUUGCUAUUCUUCUUAACUUUUCAGUUGUACAGUUGUACAAGUAUUGGCAAACGAAGUUGUACCUGCAGCGCAGCGUUUCCUG